AUGGACUUUCAACUAAGUCAACACGGGAUUGAUUGGUUGCAAGUUUUUAUAAAAAGACAACAAGAGUUGUCUUUUCGAACACUUGAAGCAAUUAGCUUUGCUCAAUCAACUGCCUUUAACCGACACACUGUUGGAGAAUUUUUCCAAAAUCUAAGAACAGUAAGAAAUCGAUAUAAGUUUGAUCCUUAUUGCAUAUAUAAUGUUGAUGAAAAUGGUUUAACAACAGUGCAAAAGCCAGUAAAUAUGUUAGCAGGUAAAGGAAGUAAACAAGUAGGAAGAAUCACAUCUGCAGAACGAGGAACAUUAGUAACUGGAUGUUGUGCUUCAAAUGCAAUUGGAAACUCUAUUCCUCUACUAUUUGUUUUUCCUAAGGUCAAAUUUCAUGAUUACAUAAUAAAGGAAGAAUCUCCUGGAUGCGUGGGAUUUGCAAAUCCUUCUGGUUGGAUGAAUUCAGACAUUUUUAUAGAAUGGAUAAAACAUUUUGUGAGGUAUUCAAACUGGUCUCAUGAAUCUCUAGUUUUGUUACUUCUGGACAGCCAUAAAAGUCAUAUUUCUGUUAGAGCUUUGGAUCUUGCAAUUCAACAUGUAAUUGCAAUGCUAAGUUUUCCUCCCCAUUGUACCCAUAAAUUGCAACCAUUAGGUAGAACUGUUUUUGGACCAUUUAAAUGGUUUUAUAACGCUGCCUGUGAUAAUUGGAUGGUCACAAAUCCAAGACUUAUGACUAUUUAUGAUAUUGUUUCAAUAGUUCGCGAACCAUAUACAAAAGUUUUCUCACCAUCUAAUAUACAGAGAGGAUUUCAAGUAGCUGGCAUUGAGCCAUUUAAUCCAGAAAUUUAUAAAGAUGAUGAAUAUUUACCAUUAUCAGUUACAGAUCGUGCUGCUCCAAAUGUAGUAAACACAAUUCUUGUGGAACCUGAAAUGACUGUAGCACAUGUUGAUGGCAUGGAGCCUGAAAUGCCUUUAGUACAUCAUGAAACAAGUUUUUCGAACAAAGUGUCACCAAGCAUUGCUUCAUUACUCUCACCUGAAGUUUUGAAACCUUACCCGAAAGCAUCUGCUAUACAAAGAAGUGUUAAAAGUAGGCAAUUAAAAACAAAGAUUUUGACUGAUACUCCAAUCAGAAAUGAAAUUCGUUUAUCGGGUUGUUUGCAGUUUUCAAAAUACUGCAACGGCGAUCAAUGCGCCCCCAUCUUCCCUAUACGAAUACUUGUGUUGUAA